GAAUAAAGCGUCUCCAUCAGGUGAUUAGGAAGCAGCUUGUGGAGGUUAGACAGCAUCUCAAAGGUGUGACACAAAACUUCUGGCUGGGCAUAGUUUUUCGGCUUCUUGCACUUGUCAAGGAGUGAAAAUUUCAUCACGCUGGAGUUGCUGCUGGCUGUUCUCAUGAUGCUGGUUGUAUCACAGAGAAGAACAAACUGAGAACAUGAGGACUGGAGGGGUGUGCAAUUGUUCUCCUGGCAAGCUUUCCUCCAUCUCCAAGAUGAAGUGGAACCGGCUUUCUGAUCUCUUAUUGCCUGGCAUUCUGAGAGUCACAAUGGCCCAGGUAUUGGUCCGGAACCCUGCGUGUUCAUCCUACAUUUUCAAAGCAGAGAAAACCAGCCCAUUGAAAAUAUCCUGCCAAGUCAUUCGGGGAUUUGUGGCAGAAACUCCAGUCUUGUGUCUGGACAUGGACCAUUUCUGGGGAAAACUGAGACCUUUGCUAAAAGGAAGAGGGGAAAGCGGGGGCGCACAUAUCCAGUGAUAUUUUCUCAUCUGGUACUUUGUAGAAACCUUGCUCCCAGUAUGUACCUAAUUAAGGCUCCACAGCCCUACGAGGCCCCAAGAGAGAGUGGUUACAUCAGUGCAGUCCUCAGCAGAACCGAGGAAAGAGCUUCAUCGUCCAAAACUGAGGAAAUGCCCAGAUUAACACAGAGGGUUUCUGUGUCUCCUGAAUACCUUCUUCUUCCCCCACGCCACGGUGGGUGUGACAAGAUCAGCUGGCUUCCAGAAGGCAAGGUGUUCAGUAAUGUUCAAAGAGAGAAGAUUAUCUCCAAGUUUCUAAAGAAAGUGUUCCGUUCACAACAAAUGAGGUGGUAGGGGUCUGACGACCAGAAAGGGACUUCAAGUUACACCUUUCCUGGCACCAGAAAAACUUAUCUCACUGGAAUUUGGAUUCAGAAGUACCUGUUCCUGAAAAUAAAAACCUCCCAGCUGGAAGGGAUGGAGCAGCAGGUGAAUAGUAAACAAGGGAUCUUUCAAUUAUGGAAUUGUCCUCUUAAUGAAGGAAGUACCAUAGAGAAGAGGGAAUUCAAAAAAUCUUCAGUGGAAACUGGCUUUAAUGUAAUCAAUAAUCCUAUAAGAGCCUUCACCCUGAACCACCCAUUAACAAUUGCUUUAGUUGAUAAGCAAGCUGGUCCUUACCCUGGACUGCCAGUGCCAUUAGGUCUCUGCUGGCCCUAUGCUGAUGGAGACUUUUUUAAGAACAGAAAUGAGAUUCGUAUUAGUUCAUGUUCAACUAUAGAAAACAACGAUGGUGAAAUGUUACCUGCUCCAAAUUGGAAUUUGAAACAUGGAAACAGCAGUGUGGAAGAAAAUGUAACAGAUGAAAGUGAUUUAUCAGAAAAUGAGAAGGCAAAUGAUACUUUACUCAGCUAUUUUAAAAAGGUGGACCUGAACUUGAAGCCAGAAACAAUAAAAAAUGUUGAGGAACCUUUCACCGAGGAGCCAAAUGAAGUAUUUCCAUAUCCUGAUUUUCUCCCUCCUCCUUUCAGUACUCUAGACUUGCACAAUUUAGCCCUCUCCAAAUCUGACAAUUGGAAAGCAACAGUGGAACCUGUAGAAACCUCUGUUGAACACUUGAUAACUCGUUUACUGGAACUAGAACGAUUACAACAUAUGACUAUUCAAAAAGAGAGGCCAAGACUACAAACGAAUUUCUGUACUCCAGCAGGUUCUCAACGACCCUCUUCCUCCACAGCUACACCACACGUGAGACCAAAACUUUGUGACUCUUUGAGUCUUCAGAUACCUUGUGUAGAUGAAAGUCAAGAAAAAAGUAAAAACAACUCUGGUUCUUGUAAGCUUGAGCAAAAUGCUUUAAAACGGAAUUGGAGCAAUGCUGGCAAAUAUAAAUGGAAUUCUAGACCACCGUCUCUAAAAAGUUCUUCCACCACAAAACAAUUGAUUGAAACUUAUGAUAAGAAUCCCAAAAGUUCUAUUUUAAAUCCAUGCCAAGAACUCUCAUCCAAGCCUACUAUUGGCCAAACAAAUCAAUCACUGGUUAAAAUGGUCUCCACAAGAUGUCUGCCAUCGAGGUCUCCAAUGCCAGUUUCACCUAUACCUCUGUCUUUUCCCGAAAAUCAGAAGGAAGAAAUUAAGGCACCAAAGAGAAACUUUGGGACCAAAAAGAAACUUUACCGACAAAAUAUAGUGUUGAAUAGACCGUUCUCUAUUCAGAAGCUAAACUGUUUGUCGCCUUCCCUUAUUGCUAAGGAUAAGUGCUGCUCACCUACUGAACAAAAAUAACUCUUUUCUUUCAUACAUCUCAAUGUGAACAGAUCUAUUCUAAGAAGCCCAACUAAGAUAUGGUUAAUUAUUCCAAGACACAGGUACUAUUAACAGUCCCCCAAAAUCACCAAACAGUUGCUUGAUGUGAUAUGCAGUGGAACUUGUGAAAAGCACUGCUGAGAUGUCUAUAUAUAAACCCCCAGGCUUCUAUACUGACGUAUUUCACAAUCUUUUGCAUGUUGUGUUUCAAAUAAAUGGUUCACUUAGUAGACUAUUCUAUUCAAAAGGCUAUUCUUUUUUCAGUGAUUGUUUUCCAGUAUAAUUCCAUCAAUAAAUGCUAUAAUUGA